GCCAGUUUAACUUUAAUCUCGAAGUCUUCGCUGUAUCGUCCCCACCACCACCACUCCCCUGUGCCUCUCAACUUCUUUGUGUCUGAGAGAUGGCAUUUUUUCUGACUUCAAUUUCUCAUGCAGUUCCAACUCUUCAAUUCUCAACAACUUGCUUCCAUGGCGAACUCUGCUCCUUGUCAUCCUCGUCCUCUUCUUCCUCUAGUUCUUUCAUGGGGGCUCGACUAGCCUCCUUCCCUUCAACUUUCCCAGGUAAAUCUUCAAGCUUUGGAAAGGGACUCGUUGUUUAUUCAAAAAGAAUUUCAGGCUUGGAGGAGGCUAUUAGAAUAAGAAGAGAGCGUGAGCUUAGGACUUCAACAGCUUCACAAAGAAGGCCGCCUUUGAGGCGUGGAAAGGUGUCACAACAGCUCCCUGUCCCUGAUCACAUACCAAAGCCUCCCUAUGCAGGGACAAAAAUACUGCCUGAAAUUUCCAAAGAAUAUCAGAUUCAUGAUGCUGAAGGAAUUUUGAAAAUGAGGGCUGCUUGUGAACUUGCUGCCCAAGUCCUAGAUCAUGCAGGAACAUUGGUUAGGCCAUCUGUGACGACGAACGAAAUUGAUAAGGUGGUGCACCAAAUGAUUGUUGAUGCUGGUGCUUAUCCUUCACCUUUAGGGUAUGGGGGCUUUCCAAAGAGUGUAUGCACAUCGGUCAAUGAGUGUAUGUGCCAUGGGAUACCUGAUUCUCGUCAGCUACAGGAUGGCGAUAUAAUAAACAUUGAUGUGACAGUCUACUUGAAUGGUUAUCAUGGGGACACUUCAAAAACUUUCUUUUGUGGCAAUGUUAGUGAUGCAAUGAAACGGCUUGUGAAGGUGACUGAGGAGUGCUUGCAUAAAGGCAUUGCUGUUUGCAAGGAUGGUGCUCUGUAUAGGAAAAUCGGGAAGCGAAUCAGUGAGCAUGCUGAGAAAUUUGGUUACGGCGUGGUGGACCGUUUUGUUGGACAUGGUGUUGGGAAUGUAUUUCAUUCUGAACCACUUAUAUUUCACCACCGUUGCUUAAAUGGUAACUCUAAACUGAGAGCUAUUUCUGCCUUUGCAUAUUUCAAAUAUAGAAAGCAAUGAUAAGCCAGGCUUCAUGGUUGAGGGGCAAACAUUCACAAUUGAACCAAUUCUUACAUUGGGAAGCACGGAGUGUAUCACAUGGGAGGAUAACUGGACAACCCUGACAGCUGAUGGCAGCCCUGCUGCGCAAUUCGAGCACACAAUUUUGAUUACAAAAACUGGCGCAGAAAUCUUAACAAAAGCUUAGAUGAAUCACUCAUGAUUCAUUUUGCACACUUCAUUUCUUCUACAUGUAAUGGAGGAAAUAAACUCCUGCUCCUCCAUUAACUUGAGAUCCAUGGAUCUCAUAUACAACCCUGAGAUGGCAAAAGCAUUAGGCCUUGAGUGAUGAUCCCAGUUUUGAUCACAUCAACACCAUUUAUAGAACUCUGCUGGCAGCUAAGCAAUUAUCGGGACAUCGUUCACCAGAUAUGUUGCCUGGUCAAAGUAAAGGUACAGCAUUGUUACCGGCAUGUCAAUGGCCAUUGCCGGAGCUGGUGAAAUUGGGAUAUAAAUGUUUGCAAUUUGUGAGAAAUUCUUAAGGCUGUUAUACAUGGCAACGAACAGUACAUGAUUUAUAUGUACAGAAAACUUUUCUUGUACUAUUUAAUCAUUUGAAUAAUUGUAGCUCUUUAAUAUACAUUUUAAUCUGAUGAUCCUAACAAACAUUGAUGUUGCUUC